AUGUUGAAGCUGUUUUAUCCUUUGGCCGCAGUGCUGCUGUGUUUUGUCUUCGCCACAGCGCAGGUUGUGCCAAAUACAGAGAUCGGCCGUAUUACUAUCCAAGUGCCGUUGCUGUCCAAUGGAAAGCCCGUGAUCCUCACCAACCAGGAUAGGGAGGAAGUGGCUCAUGUGGAGGAGAUCAAGCCGGGAAAGGUGCAUGUAGUCCAGGAAGUAGUGGUUCCGCCAACGGUUAAGUCGGAGAGCAAGGUUCGUGUGGCCAGAGCCGUGGGAGGAUAUAACUCUGGACUCCCCAAUCCGGGCAUCCCCAAUCAUGGUAUCCCGAAUCGCGGUAUUCCCAAUGACGGAAUCCCUAAUCCUGGAAUUCCCAUUGAUAAUAUUCCCAAUCCUGGCGUCCCUAAUCAUGGGAUCCCGAACCCUGGCAUCCCCAAUCAUGGAAUUCCUAACCGUGGCAUUCCCAACGAUGGAAUCCCCAAUCCCGGAAUCCCUAAUCAUGGCAUUCCCAAUCCUGGCAUCCCUAAUCAUGGAAUUCCUAACCGUGGCAUUCCCAACGAUGGCAUCCCCAACCCUGGUAUUCCAAACCAUGGAAUACCCAAUCCUGGCGUCCCCAACCAUGGCAUUCCCAAUCCAGGAGUUCCCAAUCCCGAAGCCUCCGAAAUCCAAUCGGUUGUGGUGACUCCCAAAAGUGUAACGACCACUGCACCCGUAACCACCGAGAUGCCCAAGCGAGUGACCACCCGGAACUGUCAUCAUCUCCUGAUGGGUGGAAUGACCACCAUGUCCCCAACAGAGGUGACCAGUAUGCCAGUGGAGAACUGCGAUGAGUUGUGCACCAAACUGGAAUACGUUCCGAUCUGCGGCUACAAUGGCCACUGCAUCCAUGAGUUCUCCAACCAGUGUGUGAUGGACUCCUUCAACUGCCGGCAUCGGGAGCAGGUCUUCCGGGCAGUGGACGAGGAUGUCUGCCGGUUGGGAGUAUGUGUGAGGAGAUGCACAGAGGAGGAACUCAAACAUUAA